AAAUAAGGCCUGUUUUCUUUGGCCGUAGCUUUGGCUGCGACCGCGACUCUCCAAACGGCUUCCGUCCUUCCGUUCAUGUCCAUCUCCCCAACUGCAGCCCAAAGAUACGUUUCAAAUCCUUCUCGUGACACCGAACAAAACCCUAGAGCUGGAUAUGGCAUCCUCCCUUCUCAGCAAGACGGUUGCCCUUUUGGGCCUCGGACCAACGGGUCCUUGUCGAUCUCAGCUGGAUCGGCGCAGGACUCUGCCACAAGGCCACCACAUGGACGCCCAUUCGAGAUGUCUGGAGAAAAUCAUGGAACUUUCAAAGAUACAUCUGGGGCAAAAAAUGUGAGGGAAUUGAAGAGCUCAAAUGCUAGGAAACACUCGAAUGGCGAAAACAGAAGUACUUAUCCUCAGCACCAGUCAAUUGGUCAAAGUGGUAGUUCUCAGUUCAGAUCAAAUAAGCUUGAACCGAAUGGAAGACUGGCUGCCACUUUGAGUGUACCCCGCUCUGAUAACCGGCCUUUGGACUCCAGUGACAUUCAAAUCACUGCUAAUCAUGCUUCUUCAAGAAGACGGGAAUUAUUGAAUGCUAAUCAUUUGUUGAACUUUCACUAUGACCCAGUUCCUCGGUCUCACCAACAAAAAAGAAUUCCCCUUCCUAGAAGGCAUCAAAGAGUAAAGUCUUAUAACAAAGAUCUCUUCCUCCAAGCGAACUACAAAUUCAUUAUAUAUGAUUCUGGAAGAUAUUCCAUUGAGUCGAUGAAUCCUGAUAAAAUGUUUCCUUGGGAAGAUGUUGUCUGUGUGAGGUACUCUGCCCCAUUUCCGGUACAGUGCCCGAUUUGCUUGGAAAGCCCUCUUUGUCCACAAAUAACAUCAUGUGGCCAUAUAUAUUGUUUCCCUUGCAUAUUGAGGUACUUGUUAAUGGGAGCCGAGGAACAUAAAGGUGAAUCCUGGAAGAAAUGUCCAUUGUGCUUUUCAAUGAUAUCAUCCGGGGAGUUGUAUACAAUUAAGAUUGACAAUGUUAAGCAGUUUCGUGUGGGUGAUCAUGCAGACUUUGUACUUUUGGCUCGAGCAAAAGAUUCACAGAUUCCCUUUCUUAAAAGUCAGGAUGGGGCACACAUCAUGACUAGUAACUCCAUCAAUACAACCGACUUGUUUUCUAAAUUUAUUUUGAGCUCUGAUGUUGAAAUGUCGGUGCGAGAUGCAAAGACAGAUCUUACUGAUUGGUUAUGUAAAGCAGAAGCAGGUAUAGUUGAUGAAUUGGAAAAGCUUCCAUACGUUUGUGUGGCUUUGGAACAAUUAGAAGAAAGGAUGAGGAAAUGGAUGGAGGAUCGGGUUCUUAAUGAAAGCUCCUCUCAACUUAAUCGUUGUGCACUUUCAAGUAGUCCUAAAGUGAGGCAUCACAUUAAUUCAUUAAGUCCCUGUUCAUUGAAUUCAAAUUUAGAUGCAGAGAAUGCCCACUCCAAAGAAUUGGUGGUUACUAGUCUUGAGAAUGGCCGGAUUCAUGAGAAGCUUGAGCAUUCUGAAAAUGUUAGUGGCGCUUCACACCCUGACACAACUGUGGGUUCUUCAGAACUACCAUAUGAUGAGUGUAAAGUGUUACACAAGGAUUCAAACAUUUGCAAGGAUUUUAAGGAACGAGAGUCGUAUACUUUCUAUCAGGCAUUAGAUGGUCAAACAUUAAUCCUUCAUCCAUUGUGCAUGAAGUGCCUUCUUCACCAUUAUGGAAGCUAUGAUAUGCUCCCACCAAGCAGAAUUAAUGGAGUAAUUUUGGAGUUGGAGAUGAUUACUCAGUCAGAAGCCAUGAGGAAGCGUUAUCGGUACCUCAGCCACUUCUCAUUAAGCACAACUUUUCAGCUCUGUGAAAUCGAACUUGCCGAAAUCUUGCCCCCUGCUUCACUAGCCCCUUUUAUGGGUGAAAUUAAGAAACGUGAAAAGCAGAGGAAAUGGCUUGCAAAGAAGGAACGUGAUGAGAAAGUCCGAGCUGAAGCUGCAAACUGUGCUGAAGUUGCUUCUUUACGGGAGAUGCUUAAUCCAUCAAACCAGAGAUAUUUAAGUGAUAAGGAUACAAUUUUCUCUUUGGAUGAAUUUAAAGCACUAGGCAGCGGUGUUGCACCAACAACAAAUCUGUCCUUGAACAAUACAAGGAAACUGUUCUCAAAUGUAACCCGCCUUGGAUUUGCUUCGGCUUAUGAUUCUCCAGCCCUAAGAGCUGAGGAGUUGGCUAAUUCAUCAGGAAGUAUGGAUGCUACACAAGAAGCUUCAGUUACUCAAGAUGGAAGUGCAUCCACUAUACCUCCGUCAUUUGCUAAUGUCUUAGCAUCUACCAAAUGCGAGGGAGGUCCACAGAACUCGAAUAGCAGCGCUAGGAAAGGAAAGAAACCCAUCAGGGUCCUUCUAUCCACUGCAGGUGGGCGGAGAUAUUGAAUGUCAUAGACGUUGUUCCCCAGCCAACUUUUGUGCCAUACAAUGGCUUGUAAAUUUGGUUCGAGAAUGAUAUGUUCGCCUAAAUUAAUUGAAGAAUGAUACUUUUUUGUUUCCUAGCCAACUUUUGUGCCAUACAAUGACUUGUAAAUUUGGUUUGAGAAUGAUAUGUUUGGCUAAAUUAAUUGUAGAA